CAUUGUGCACCGUUGUCACUUUGGUUUUGUGACUCGAUAUGAGCAUUUGAAGGGUCGUUCUCUUUGAACUCUUUCUCGUCUCCUGAAGAAACCAUUGCGAUCGGUUGGAAGAUAUACUUGCCAGGCGGCGCGCGUGUGACUUUGAGAAAUAUAUAUCUAUGACAUGAGCGUAUAUUCCGUACUUAUAUAUCAACAGCCGACCUUCUUUCGGCACAGACAUCUGGACUAAGAGGACAAGCUCAGCCGUAACAUUACAAGCAUACUUCUCCCCCGCAUUUUCCCCUGGCGCUCAGCCGGGUACUCGUCACUGAGUCCAGCUCCAUGGAACUGGUCCUCUUUUGGUCAACCUGGCCGGCCAGCUUGACGAAUGCUUUCCUCCUCUCAGAGCCAUCAUCUGACUCGUGGAACAUCAAAAUAAUAGUCUCCCAGCUAAACGAAGGAAACUCCCGCGGUUAUAUAGCCAAUAGUGGCUUCAGUCUAUUUCGCAGCCGAAUUUGCCAUGGAACAUCGGCAAGCGAACUUUGGGUGGUGGGCGAUCCUUCAUCCCCCCGCACCCCGCAUUCUUGGCGACGAGAAGAGCGAACCCAUCCGGCGCCGUCCCAGGAGAAUACCGAGACGAUCAUCCGAGCCUUCUUCUAGUACCGCGGAUCAUGCACUUCUUGUUUGUCCAUUGCAAUUUGCCAUGUCUCUUGUCUCCGACGACGUGUGACGUUCCCAGAGUUCUGAAUAGUUGAAAAUUUAAAUAGACAUCGACGGGUAGGUGGCGACGAAUGUGGCUUCCUCUCACACCCGGGUUUAUCAUUUAAAGCGCGAAGGGGCGCACCUCACGACAUUGAGCUUUCAUACCAGUACACGACAGUAUGGAAGUUGACGACUUCAACCAGUUAGCAGACUUUGUCUUCGACCAGUCGAGCCCUGAAUCAGGCGACGAUGAGAUACAGGAGCGUCGUCCUUCUCAGGACGGCGACACUGCUCCUCACAGUACUCAUGAUGUAGCUCCCAGUGGCCGGAUUAUCCGGCGGAGGGCAAGAAAGGCUUGCGUUGCGUGUCACAAGAGGAAAGUUCGGUGCGAUGUCAUGAGUAGAGGAAAUACCUGUACGAAUUGUCGCCUUGAUGGAAUUACAUGCGUGAUCCGCGCAGGGAAGAGAGUACGUCUGAAGCCUUUAGAACCUGUUGAUGGAGCUCCAGGCUUUCCUCCAAUCGAGAUCUCAGGGACGAACCGACCACCUCUUGACGAUAUGUCCACAAACAUAUCACCAUUCGCAGCAGUCGCAGACAAAGCGCGAGCUCCGAACACUCCAUUUUCCUCGGGAAUCAAUCCAUUUUCAAAUUAUGCAUCCAAUUCAAAUCUCCAUCCGGAUAUGAUUUAUUCGUAUUUCGAUUUCCUGGAGGCGGAGACGCUUUCCCAUAUUGCGCCAGAAGACUUCAAGUUCUUAGAAUACAAAGGGUGUUUUCAUCUCCCAGCAAGACCAAUACUAGAUGAUCUUGUUAGAGAGUAUUUUCUGCAUGUCCACCCCGUGCUACCGAUCAUUGACGAAAAAGCUUUCUGGGAAAUGUAUUUUCCUCGAGAGGGAAACGGGAAGCGUGCUAUGCACCAGAAAAUACCAUUGUUCGUCUUCAGAGCUAUGUUAUUCGUGAGCUGUGGUUUUAUAUCAGAUCAGACUGUUCGUCAGUUGGGAUUUCAGACGAACGUUGAAGCGCGAACAUGCUUUUAUCGCCGCGCGAAGUUGCUUCACGAUUUUGAUACAACAUCUGAUUUAAUAGCACUAUCCCAGGGAGCAUUACUUUUGACAUAUUAUUCAUCAGAGCGUGAAGCCAUGUCGAACACUUCAUGGCUGCGUCUCUCAAUUCAAUUUGCGAACGCCGCAAAUGUAUCCAUGUACUACCAGGAUUGUACACUUUCAGCAGAAGAGAAACUCAUCAGAAAAAGACUUUGGUGGUGCAUCAUCUUACGGGACAGAAUUCUUCCUCUCGGUGUGCGUCGCUGCAUUCAAAUUACAAGAGACAAUUUUGAUUUCACUCAAUCGCGGCUUUCUGAGGAAGAUCUCGAGCCGGAGUUCAGAAGUUCCUGUGUUUAUGAUGCAGAAACGAAACGGGAACUAGCACAAGUGUUCUUGGUACAAUUAGACCUUGCGGUGGAGUUAACGGAUACGCUUUCACAUGUGUAUCCAGCCAAUGGAUUCCGGUCAUUCGACAAGCUGGACUACAAUGAUGUUAUGUCAAUGCCGAGGAAGAUGGAGAUAUGCCAAGACCGUCUUGAUGAGUGGCAUGCUCGAUUUGUCGAGUGGGUCGUGCCGGGGGAUUGGUCAAAGAAGCACAAGUCGGUCAUACUUUACAGUGGCUUGACCUCCAUCUACUUCCAAUCUGCGAAAGCAGCACUUUACCAACUGGAAUCCUUCAUGCUGCAAGGGGAUGACACGAGAAACCAUGACGUACGCAUGAAACACCUUGGGAGCGCCCUUCACAUGUCAGUAUCAAGCAUAUCGGAAACAGUCCGGGCAUUCAUUCAACUAGAUAUUGCGAAGUAUCUCCCCGUGAGCGCUGUCGCCUACUUGGCUCUUCCAAUCAUCCUAAAUUCCAUUGACUUGCAGACUCUAUCAACGGCCAAUACCAGGGCAGAAGGUAAACGACGACAACUGCGGCUUCUGAACGAAGCCAUGGAUCUAUGUAAAGAUCGCUAUACUGGAGCCACGGUAGUCAAAAAUGUGGUCACUAGAUCGAUCGAAGCGGCACGCUCAGAAAAGAAUGUUAUCGAAGGUAACUCGAAAUCCUUGACUCGGACUUCUUCGGCGCUUCAAGACUGGCUGGACGUGUUCAUCAGCUCCCCGGUCUCGUUUCUCCGCAUAUCCUUCGGCAUAGACAUGUCGCUAGCAGUCGGGCGAUAUCCAACCACCGAGGACCUUCCUCGUCGGCUGUCGUUACAUGGCCAACUACUUCCCAGCAAGUCGAUUCCGCAGUCACUUAUGCCUGCUCCUGAAAACGUAGCUACGGACGAAAGCUCUGUGGAGGAAGCUACCCUGCUGGAGCCUACACGUAAUAGCUAUCUCGAUUAUUUUGAUUUGGGUCAAUCUCAGACGGAAAGUAGACCGAGUACGAGUCCUUGGAGUGGUAAGCAUGUUGAUAGGAUUUUGGAGGAGGUCCUCGGUGGUGGGGAGAGAUUCUGGGCUUCAGAUACGGGGUCCACGUAAUUUUGCUUUCUCUUUGUCUAUGUUUCAAUUCGUUGUGGCCACUUGUACUGGCAACAUGUACGGGAUUUAGAAUAUUGAGAGGCGCUCUCAGGCGUCAUAGACUUGUUCGAGGGCGCUGUCAGUUCUGGUCGGGAUCGCUCUGUCACAAC